GCCAUUCUUUCCUGGAGACAGAAGAAACAUUUAACAAGGAUAUUUACAGACUGGAGAGAUGGAGUAACUGUAGAAACAUCGGACUAGUCGGUGUCUGCUAUCAAUAUCAACAUUAGAGGUACGUACGUCCUGGGUAUCUACAUUUGAGGCCAUUUGAUCCCUGGAAGGACUGUGCACCUCAGAGGCACAGAGCAGAGGAAAGGGUCUGCCGGACAAGCAGUUGGAACGUGUGAACCAACAGUGUUCUCCUAUACAGUCCAUUCCAAUCACAAGUCCCCGGGACCCUGGGAGACUCAGGUGAAGAAGGAGGGUCCACACAAGCAGUAAACCCUUUGUGACCCGAGGCCAAAAGGCGUGCUGAAGGACAUUGUUUUAGGGAAGAUGUGCCGUGCCUGUGUGUCUGACGGCCAGAACCCUCAACCUCUAUUAGUCACCUCUUGAGAGGACACCCAAAUCACAAUGGAUGCUGAGUAUGUCCUAUGCAACUGGAAGGGCCACUUGUGGCCAGCAAGGGUUUUGUCCAGAUCCGGGGUCUCACCAAAAAAUAAGAGGAAAGGAGCACUUUCUCUAGAAGUUGAAAUACUCUCGGUGGAUGAAAAAAUUAAAGUGAAAAGCACAGACGUAAAGAUCCUAAAUGAGUCUCAGAUUGAAUCCAUUACCUCCUUGCUAACAGCCCAGUCGAAGGCCAGUGUCCCAGCGGGACAGGAAGUGCCUUACAGAAACGCUCUUACAGUGGCAUUGGAGAUUCUGAAGGAGAGAGCAGAUGUGUGCCCAGCAGGAGCAUCGGAUGAUCCAGAGACCACUACACCGUCCCGAAGGGGACCAAGAAAGCGAUCUCUUAAAGACUACCGGAAGGCCAAAGGGAUCUUACUGAGGCGUCUCAGGAAACGCAGAAACCUCAAACCGCGGCUGGUGCAUUCUCAGAGACCAGACACCACAGAAGGCGGCCAAUCACAGGCACACACAACCAUCACUCCCCUUCCAAGGAAAAGGCGAGCAAAGUCCUCACCAAGCUCCAGCAGGCGCCCGAACUUACCGUCGCUUUCAGAAGAUGGUGGUGAGAAAGAGGGCAAGGAAAAGAGGGACACCUCAAGAGUUAGGUCUUUGCAUCGCAUAGCCAAGGAGGGGGGUACCGGGGCUGAAGAUGGAGGCAUCCUUCCAUCUCCGCCACCAGGUUUCAACCUCACUGUGCCCGAGGAGGCUCUGAAAGAAGAGGCACCUGACACCCACACAAAGAACCCGGCUGCCUCCUCUGAGCGCUCUGCCUCCUCCAGGAAUGUUGAGGACCACGGAGAGGGUCCCUGGGAGCCAGGCAUGGAAGGUGCGGCAGCCUCCUCCAGCGCCCCUAACCUGAGGCCGCGUUGUUCACUCCGUCUGGCAAACAGGAGAAGGAAGCUGCAGGUACCAGAGUUUGAGAAAGGGCUGCAGGAAUCUCGACCUUCGGCCAGCUCAAAGGCUGUGAACCCCACCACUGCUAUUAAGAAGGAUGUCAGCCAGGAAAUGGGACAACUGACCAGCACGCUUUCUCCACAGGAGCCUUGUCCCAUUGAAGGAGGAAUGAUGGUCUGGUUUAAAUUUCAAAAUCACCCCUUUUGGCCAGCGGUGGUAAAGAGCGUCAGCCAAGCAGAGCAGACUGCAAGGGUGCUUUUGAUUGAGGCAAACAUGCACGCUGAAAUGAGUGGCAUUCGAGUUCCUCUUCGAAGAUUAAAGCCCCUGGACUGCAAAGAGAAAGAAACACUGAUGAAGAGAGCCAGGAAAAUGUACGAGCAAAGUGUGAACUGGUGUUUCUCCCUGAUUUCUCACUACAGAGAAGGGCUCACUUGUGGGUCUUUUGCAGGCUCCUUCCUGGACUAUUAUGCUGCUGACGUCAGUUACCCAGUUAGGAAAGCCAUCCAGGACGGGGAUCUGGAGGCUGACUUCCCAAAGGUCAAUUAUGCCGACCUGGAGGAUUCUGAGGAGGAGACCUCCGUGGGCGGGAAGAGGCCCCGCAAGAAGAUUCUCCCUGACCGGAUGAGGGCUGCUCGGGACCGAGCCAACCAGAGGCUCGUGGACUUCAUCGUGAAAAAGAAGGGGGCCGAUCACCACCUUCUGGACAUUGUCAAAGGCAGGAAACAGUCCAGGUGGCUGACAUCGUUUCUGAAUUCCAAGAGGUACACUCUCUGCAUUGAAACAUACCUGGAGGAUGAAGACCAGUUGGAUGUCGUGGUGGGACAUUUACAAGAAAUCUACAAACAAAUAGACAAGAAGAGGCUGACUCUGGCAAGGGAUGACAAAGUCAGUUUUGUUGUGGAAGUUCUUCUGCCAGAAGCAAUCAUUUGUUCAAUUGCUGCACUUGACGGAUUAGGUUACAAGGAGGCAGAAGAAAAGUACCUACGGGGCCCACCCGUGCAUUACCGGGAAAAACAGCUGUUUGAUAAAAAUAUCCUAAAGAAAAUGCGAAAGAGAUCGGCACCCGGGCUGAAGGCUAAUAAGUAAGCCCUCCUGUGCCCACACUGCAGCAGGGAGACCUCUCAAGGCCCUGUCUGCAUGAAAUGCGGGACCCUUCAAUUCUCUAUGCCAUAUACAUAUAUGUUCUAGAAAUUUGAGACCUCGGGAACAUGCUGGGUUCAUUUUGGAUCCAUCUGUGGCACUUGUGCAUAGCACGGCCACCAUCGUUUCUGGUUCCCAAAUGCUUCGCAAACUAAUUUGAUUAAAAAAAAAAUACUGCACACAGUGGUACUUCCCUCUACUUGCUUGGAUGUGUCAUUGUCUAGAUGUUUUCAUAAGAUUGCUUUGGAGAGCACUUCAUAUUUUAAAUACGGGACGCACGAUCUCUUAUGACGUGAAAGAGCCCUGGUGUCAGACAUGAAGCAACAAUCGCUUUUAAAAUAUAAGAUGGAUUUUCGCAGAAACAUCACAUGGAUUUCUCACUCUCUCUCUGACACCUCGGUGUAAAUGACUGCAUUUGUUCAUAGGAUAAUUCCUUGAAUUUGAUCUGCCAUGCUUAUCUGUGUGGAAGAAAAGCCCUGAGGGGUGAAGCCAAAGGCACAGAUGUUUGCGAUUACUGUCACUACCUUCUCAUGGUUCCUGGAAAAGCCGUCUGAAACCCAAAGUUAAUGACUGGUCAUCUGCAUGUAGUCCACAUGGGAGUGAACGACAUCUCAACGUGCGGUGAACAUUUUGUCGGCCUGUGCGAGACUGUGACCUCUACACUUGCCUGAGAUUCCACUUAGGGAAGCAGUUCUUGCUCAGUGGCUAAGUGGUUUCCUAAAACAAACAGGCUCCUAGUUGUCUUCCUGACUGAUGGGAUGCUUUGCAUGUAGUGGCUUAUUCCCCUGUGGAAGACAACUAGAGUAAUCGGACACACAGUUUAGCGAUUUUAGACCUAGCUGGAGUCCAGGUUCACUGCUGGGAGCCCAUCUAAGUGGCACACAUUGUAGGAAAGCAUGCAUUUUGUUCCGGAACUGUGUCCCCUAAGACGCAGUCAUCUAUCUCAAACCAAGCCAGCGUUCUCUUUUGAUUUAUUCACUGGCUAGCCCUGACAGGUUCCGACAGUUAUAUAUGCAGGCUGGUAAGUCAUUCCAAGCUGUGUGAGCAAUAGAUGGACCGGGAUCUGGGAACCUGGAAAUGAACUACAGAACAGCUUCCAUUUGCCUAAAUGUGGCUGUUGUCAGAGUACAAUGAAACUUGCGUAACCAAAAGAUAAACUCUGAAGUCCAUGAAUUGUUAUCCUAACUUGAAACAAGAUUUUUUGAGGAAAAAAACGUUAGAAAAGCUAGUUUGCUUUUGAAAUGUGAUGUGGAAAUGAGCACUAAAGGUCUGACAUGAACCUGAAUGUAUUUCUAUUCUUAGAGGGAGUCAGCUGUCACUCACAGGCCUAUGUUAUGUGCUCACACGGCCAUGUGAUUUAUGUGAAUGUGUGUGUAAAAUUUGCAAGUUAGCUGUUUUGAUUCCCAAUAAAACUG